GCCGUCAAGUUUCGAUCUCUUAGGCAGCCUAUGUAGAAAUGUAGCAGUGAUCCACCUCUCAAAUGUCAAAACGUUUCCAUAUGAAUCACACAGUAUACAUUUGUACAAAAUCGCCAUCUCAACAGUAAAGUCCCCAAGUCCCCAACAGUAAAUUGAUGCCUCGUUCUAUUUGAUGUAAUCUACACACUUGCACUACCUCUGACAUGAAGGACAAAUGGAUUUUCAACGGUUGCACUGACAGCAGUGUAGGCACAAUAUCAGACUGGGAGACCACUAGACCAGCUAAGACCAAGAAACGUGCUUAGGCUGGUUUAAGCAGGUUUUUUCAUGAGUGAAUGCCACAGCUUGCGUUAAAUCAAACAAGAAAGAGUAUUAAGGUUGGUUGCUGAUGGGUUGUUUGCAAGAUAGUCAAACUGUGAGGAAAACAUUACUAAUGAGAAUAAGAAUGAGUAUAUUGAGUAAUCCCUAAACAUUUUCUAUUUUCCACUACCUCAGUAAAAACCACCAUGACAGUAGGUUGACAGAAUGGUUGAUUCUGCCAUAUCAUGCUGACAUCAUUUUGCUAGCAGUGGCGAAUAGAGCCAAAUAAAGAUUAACAACAGAUAUUCAGAUCUGAUCUUGUGUGAGUACAACAUUGGAAAUGUCAUGGGAGAUCCCAUUAAGCAACUUGCCCUUACAAGUCUGGCCCAGCCCCAAUUACACUAUAGAAUGGUUUCAUGGAGAAUCAACAUCAACAGCCCGCUUUCCUGUGGGAGACUACAACCCUGAAAACCAAGAAGCAGAAGCACAGCGCUGAUUUAUGUGUGUUGAUUCAUUUACAGUCAUUAGCAAUGUGGUCAAGGACAUAACGGCCUACAAACAGGAGUUUCCUGAUCCUUUAAUGCAAGGGUGAGCUCAGAGCGAAGGAAGGAGAAAUCCCGAGAUGCAGCACGUUGUCGGAGAGGAAAAGAAUCGGAGGUGUUUUAUGAACUGGCCAGAGAACUACCCUUCCCCCACAGCAUCACCUCUAACCUGGAUAAAGCAUCAGUCAUGAGACUCGCACUCAGUUACCUGCGCCUGCGUAAGCUACUGAACGCAGAUGUACUGGAUGUGGAGACUGAAUUGGGCUCUCAGUGGAACAGUUCAUAUCUGAAAGCUCUGGAUGGGUUUCUCAUGGUUCUUUCUGCUGACGGUGACAUCGUCUACCUGUCAGAGAAUGUCAGCAAGUGUCUAGGCCUACCUCAGAUUGACCUUACUGGACACAGUGUGUUUGACUUUACUCAUCCAUGUGAUCACGAGGAGCUCAGAGAAAUGCUGGCACACAGAAAUGGUCUGUGUAAGAAUGCAAAAGAGUUUCCCACAAAUAGAAGUUUUCUAUUGAGGAUGAAAUGUACACUGACCAGCAGAGGGCGUACUGUCAAUGUCAAAUCUGCCUCCUGGAAGGUGCUGCGGUGUUCGGGCCAUAUCCACACAGCAGAUGGUGUCGUGAAGGAAAAAAAUGCGUGUUCAACGUACCUGGUGCUCAUCUGUGAGUCUAUUCCCCACCCGGCAAACAUUGAGGCUCCUCUGGAUUCUAGAACAUUCCUCAGCCGCCACACUUUAGAUAUGCGCUUCACCUACUGCGAUGAGAGGAUCACAGAGCUGUUGGGUUUCGAUCCAGUGGAUCUGUUGCAGCAUUCUGUGUAUGAAUACUAUCACGCUCUGGAUUCUGGCCACAUGACCAAAACACACCAUAAGUUGUUUGUAAAGGGACAAGUGUGUACCGGACAGUACCGGCUGCUGGCUAAAGCAGGAGGAUUUGUUUGGGCAGAGACUCAGGCCACUGUGAUCUAUAACAGUAAAAACUCCCAGCCACAGUGUGUGGUCUGCAUCAACUACAUCCUCAGUGGCAUUGAACAGCCCAAACAAAUCCUGUCCCUUCAGCAAACCAACAGCACAAAAAUAAAGCAAGAACAGGAAGAACACCAGGAGGAGUUCCUUGGGGCUGAUGUGACCAUGGCUGAGUUGAAAGAGGAGGGAAAACAGAGGGAGGAAAAGGAAGAGGAGUCUGUGGAAGAGGAGUUAAAUGACAGCCUAGAGGGGGAGCCAGAGGCACUGACUGUAGACCCUGUCCUCACACUGGAUUUCACUACCACAGACUCGGCGGUCUCUGUGCUGACAGAAAUUCCUCUCUACAACGAUGUGAUGUUGCCCUGUUCAAGUGUACCGCUACCCCUCUCACCCCUCUCUCAUCCCUGUUCCUCCCUAAAUGAGGAUGAUGCCUCCACAGCCAAUCUACAACCUGAUGACUUCCCCUUCCCACAAACUUUGGCUUCUUCCAGAUCCCAGGUUGAUCUCCAUGUGGAUUCAGAAUUUAGUAACCAGCUAAAACCGGAUCACGUGGAGAAACUAUUUUCCAUGGAUAUGGAGUCCAAGACACACUUUAAUACACAGGGAGUUGGUUUGGAUCUGGAGAUGUUAGCUCCAUACAUUCCCAUGGAUGAUGAUUUCCAGCUGCGGACUGUUUCUCCAGCCGAGUCGAUGUGUUCCAGCCCAGGUGCAGCGCUUGAACUGACCCCCUCCAGCAGCAUGCAAACUGCCCCUGCUCUCCCAGCAGUCCCUACAGACUUGAUGUCCUGUGACACCGUUCAGCACGAUACUAGAACCACAGAGCAGGACAGCAGCAGAGAAAUUAUUCAAGACAGGGAUAUUUCUUCUAAAUGUCAGACCAACCCAAAGCUGCUCAAGAGGAAACUUGAAACCAUACCUCUGUCUGAAGCAAUAAGACUGGGGUCUGUGUUGCAGUUGGUGACUGAUUUUCCAGAGAAAAAGGCCAGAAAAUCAGACGCUUCAUCAUCCGAAGGGAUUCGACAUGCCACGAUUCUGUUGCUACCAUCUGAUGUUGCGAGUAGAUUGUUGAGCAGAUCGUCAGAGGGUGGAACAAUAACUAUGCCCCUCCCCCAGCUUACCCGUUACGACUGUGAGGUAAAUGUGCCUGUGACUGGACGGCAGCACUUGUUACAGGGGGAGGAGCUAAUGUGUGCCUUAGACCUAGUUAUUUAAAAAGCCAUACUUGUGUUUUCGGAUGAAAAGGGAGAUAUCAGUGGCAUUAUGAAUUGACUUCCAUUACAAAGAAACAGUGGUGGUGAGUAGGGCUAUCACGAUGUUAGAUUUUUCACACCACGGUUAUUGUGGCCAAAAGAAUUCACAAUAUCGAUAAAUCGCAAUAUCUAUAGAAUCUAUAAGGGUGGGGGGGCAAACUGAAGCGAAACACUGUCUGAAUGGUUCCUGAACAACUAAAAAGCUAUUAAACCUAUUGGGCACCGGCGCCAAUAAAGUCAUGCAGAUAGCAGAUAAAAUAAAAAUAAAAAUCAAGUGCAAAUACAAAUACAAAAAAAUGAGUAAAGAAAACAGGGUUCUUAAUAAUCACCCUUUAUUAAAUGUGUGAACACAGAAACCCCCUGUUGACAGGUUAAUGUCACGUUUCCAAUUCCAUGACUAGUAAAAUAAUCGCAAUUUAUUCUCUGUAAAAUUGCGUGGACACGGAGACAUUACACAUUGCGUCACGUGUAGGACAACUCGAAGUAUCGCACACCGGACAAGAUGGUCCUCACCGCAGAACACAAAAUUCAUAUACCUAAACCUACCCAUCUCCGUCCCCUGAUCCCUAACCCCACACCUAAUCCUACCCAUCUCCACCACUUAGAUCUGGAUCCAACUCCGCCCCCUGGAUCUCAUGUACUGCAAUGACGUGGACGCGCACUUUCUCAGUUUAUGCCCAGCAGUAUGUCUGUAAUGUCUGUACUAUAUUAUGAUUGUACUAUACAAUUAAAUACAAUAGUUGCUGAGUGUGUGACCUGAACACUUUACCUCAGAGCAUCCAUUAACUGAUUAAAUUGAGAAUAUCACCUGAAAAUCCGAUAACAUCGUCAGUUUUAAUUCAAGCAGCAGAUUCGUGUAAAUUAAUGUAAAACUAAAUGUAUUUUGCAGCACAGGGUGAAGUCAUUUACGAUGAUUUGAGACAAAUAUAAUGUAAAUUUUAUAUAAAACUAUGUAAAUGGUGCUCUGUGUCGCGGCAGGAUUUUAAACAAGGUCCAGAGCCGUUGCUGGGCGGACAGAGAGAAAAUGUGUUCGAAUUUUAAAGACGUGGAACUGCUCUUCUUGUCUGGUGUGCGACCCUCUUUAAAGUGCUGUUUUCUUUUGAGCCGAAGAACUCCCAUUCAGACGAGCUUACUUUUUUCGGGUGUGGACAGAGUGUUUCACUCUCUCGCUCAGACGACAUUCUUCUCAGAGUAGCUGCGCGACCUGGGGUGCAUCUUCUUUGAUAGGUGUCAGCCGCAGCGGGCCAUACAGCCACCUGAGAGGUCAACCAGGUACUCAUGCUGGAGUAUUACGUGUCAUGUUAUCAUAACACUCCUUUUCAUUUGAAACAUUGUGGUUUUCGUCAAUACCGGUAUAUUGCCACACUCUAAAUUAACACAAUGUUGAUAUUUCAUGCUUUGAAUAUCACGAUUAUCCUCAGUACCGUUAUAAUGCGACACUCCUAGCGUUGAGCAGUCAAAACAGAUGGGAUGUAUCUGCUUCUAAUGAGUAGAUGGUACAUGCUGGACAUAAAAAAGGAAAAGUCUAAUUAAUGUUAAUUAAUGACAAGGGAAAUGUAAAACUGAAUUAAAAGAGUGAUUUUGAAUUGUACUCUUACAGGUUAGAAAUACGCACAGAGAAGAGAAUAUAUAUUCUAUUCUAUAUAAGAUUGUAUUGUGUUAAAAAACAACAGUUUUUUCUCGCACAAAUUACAAAAAUUUACCUGCAGCUUUCAGAAAAUAUUAUUUUAUCAGUACUGCUGUUUUUAUAAAUAUGUCUAAGGUAUGUCUAAAUGUAUUUGUUCAGGUCCCCACAUGUCCCAUUUAUGUGUGUGUAAAUGGUGUGAAAUGUCUAAAGUGGCUGUUGUUUUAAAUUUGUGAAACAUAUUAUACAACAAUUGAGAGUAGUCAGCAUAUUGAUAGAGUGACCCACAUUACUACCUACAUUACUGAAUGUUGAAACUAUUACUCUCUAUUCCUAUUAUUGCUAGAGAUUUCUAUUUAGUUUAAUCUCUGGAUAUAUCUAGGGCAUUAACAAGUUAAAAUGCUCUCUUGUGUUCCCUAUACUAUAAGUUUCCUGUGUUACAUUAACAGUGGCGUAUACAGUGUGUGAGAGCUUUGCCACUGUGCUAAGCUGCGUUUCUCGUGUUCUUUCCUGUCAUGUCACAUCGUCUUGAGGAAACUGUUAUGUCUGUGACAAAUAAAAAAAGAAGUUUUUCAACAACA